CCGCCCUCCGCCCGCGGGCGUCUGCGCGAGCCCGGCCGGCGGGGGAGAUGUGCUCGGGCUCCGCCGGAUCGGUUUCUCGGGGUUUGACCAGCUGUCCCGGGCUAACCCUGCUCCUCGCUGAAGAUGGAGGAAGUAAAAACAGGAUUACCCUUAGCUCCAGAUCCACUGCCUUAGUUUCCACCACCAACUGCAGUGCACAAACACACGUUAGGCACAGGAAAGAAAGAGAGAGGACACACUAACAGUAAACACAAACAAAAGGGUGAUGGGAUUAUUUUACUGCAUGCACUGCUGAGCUGUCAUGGAUUUGGACUUGUUUUGCUUUGUUUUAACUUCAAUCCCAAGAAGAAAGAUUGGAUAGCCUGGAAUAAAUUGCAGCUGUCCAGAUAGAAGCCCGACAUUGUCACCUCCUCUUUGAGGGUUUAGAAGAAGCUGAGAUCUCCCGACAGAGCUGGAAAUGCACUGCACUUUGACUAUGGAAACAGAGGCUAUUGAUGGCUAUAUAACGUGUGACAAUGAGCUUUCACCUGAAAGGGAGCACUCCACCAUGGCAAUCGACCUCACCUCAAGCACACCCAAUGGACAGCAUGCCUCACCAAGUCACAUGACAAGCACAAACUCAGUAAAGCUAGAAAUGCAAAGUGAUGAAGAGUGUGACAGGAAACCCCUGAGCCGCGAAGAUGAGAUCAGGGGCCAUGAUGAGGGUAGCAGCCUAGAAGAACCCCUAAUUGAGAGCAGCGAGGUGGCUGACACCAGGAAAGCCCAGGAGCUUCAAGGCGAGGGAGGAAUCCGGCUUCCGAAUGGUAAACUGAAAUGUGACGUCUGUGGCAUGGUUUGCAUUGGGCCCAAUGUGCUUAUGGUACAUAAAAGGAGUCACACUGGGGAACGCCCCUUCCACUGUAACCAGUGUGGAGCUUCUUUUACUCAAAAGGGUAACCUUCUGAGACACAUAAAGUUACACUCUGGAGAGAAGCCCUUCAAAUGUCCUUUCUGUAGCUACGCUUGUAGACGAAGGGACGCCCUCACAGGACACCUCAGGACCCACUCUGUGGGUAAACCUCACAAGUGCAACUACUGUGGACGAAGCUACAAGCAACGCAGUUCACUGGAGGAGCACAAGGAACGCUGCCACAACUAUCUCCAGAAUGUAGGCAUGGAGGCUGCCGGGCAGGUCAUGAGUCACCAUGUACCUCCUAUGGAAGAUUGUAAGGAACAAGAGCCUAUUAUGGACAACAAUAUUUCUCUGGUGCCUUUUGAGAGACCUGCUGUCAUAGAGAAGCUCACAGGGAAUAUGGGAAAACGUAAAAGCUCCACUCCACAAAAGUUUGUGGGGGAAAAGCUCAUGCGAUUCAGCUACCCAGAUAUUCACUUUGAUAUGAACUUAACAUAUGAGAAAGAGGCUGAGCUGAUGCAGUCUCACAUGAUGGACCAAGCCAUCAACAAUGCAAUCACCUACCUUGGAGCUGAGGCCCUUCACCCUCUGAUGCAGCACCCGCCAAGCACAAUCGCUGAGGUGGCCCCAGUUAUAAGCUCAGCUUAUUCUCAGGUCUAUCAUCCAAACAGGAUAGAAAGACCGAUCAGCAGGGAAACCUCUGAUAGUCAUGAAAACAAUGUGGAUGGCCCCAUCUCUCUCAUCAGACCAAAGAGUCGACCCCAGGAAAGAGAAGCCUCUCCCAGCAAUAGCUGCCUGGAUUCUACUGACUCCGAAAGCAGCCAUGAUGACCACCAGUCCUACCAAGGAAACCCUGCCUUAAAUCCCAAGAGGAAACAGAGCCCAGCUUACAUGAAGGAGGAUGUCAAGGCCUUGGACACCACCAAGGCUCCCAAGGGCUCUCUGAAAGACAUUUAUAAGGUCUUCAAUGGAGAAGGAGAACAGAUAAGGGCCUUCAAGUGCGAGCACUGCCGAGUCCUUUUCCUGGACCAUGUCAUGUACACCAUUCACAUGGGUUGCCAUGGCUACCGGGACCCACUGGAAUGCAACAUCUGUGGCUAUAGAAGCCAGGACCGUUACGAGUUCUCAUCACAUAUUGUUCGAGGGGAGCACACAUUCCACUAGGCCUUGUCAUUCCCAAGGGGACCCCUAUGGAGUAGAGAACUGCACAUGAGGAAGUGCUGCGCUUACAACCCCACCUUCCCUCAGAUGUUGGCAUACUUUUUUAAAAAAUAUUAUUACUGUCAAUUCUUAUUUUGUGGACACAGUGUCAUUUGCUCUACCUAAUUAUGAUAGAGAAGAAACAGAAGAAAGAAGGGAUGGGGCUACUGUUUCCUGAUAACUUGGCUUGUUUAUUUUGUGGUAAUUUAAAGCAGUUCAUUUCUUCCACGCAAAUACAAAGCAUGUCAUGCUUUGCAGAAAUCACUUGGUUCAUAAGAUUCACCUGAAAUAUCCUAAUUUGCCACUGAUGUUCAGGAUUAUGAUUGAAGGCAGGAAUUUAGUUUUCUGGGUAGGACUUUGGCGAAUUAAAAUGGCGUAAGUAAUUUUACUCUUCAGAGAAGAACUUGCUUCAAAAUGUAAACCAGUUUUUUGUUCUUAGAGAUCAUGGAACACAAAACACAUUAUUUUCAAUAACUCCUAGGAAGAGUUGAGUUGUUGUGGGUUCUAUGUUUACUUCCCCUAUGGAAUUUAUAAUUCAGUAUGUUUUACACUGUACCAUAUAGCAAAACUUUUAAACUACAGGAAGUUAAGGACCACUGUAAUACACCUGAGGUCCUUUGAUCUUAUUUUUCUAAACUCAAGCACUGUUUUCCAUAGUUUUGAUGACUGGCAUUUUAUAGAUACCCUGGCAGCCUUACUUUUAACACCUUUAACAAAUGGUAUUUUUAUGUAGUUUUCAGAAUAACAUAUGGUCUAAGAGUGGAUAAUACACAGUAAUUUCUAGAAGGGACUCCUACUUUUCAUAAAUUUGUUUGGGAAUUUUUUUAAGUUAUAAUAAGAUGGCAGCAUAGUAUACAUAGCUGUUUCUAAAAGUAUGCUUAUGGUUGUCACUUUAUCUGCAUUUAAUCAGUGUUAAACAG